AUGCUUCUAAGUCUGGGUGGCUUUGGACUUUUGGAUGCAGUAUCCGACCAGCUGAUGUCUCAUAGCCAGAGAUUACCAGCAGGUUCUAUUGGCUUUCGGCUAACGGCCUGGCCCAAAGAUCAAUGGAGCAUCAGUGCGAAAAUGGUCGACUCGCUGACGACACGAUACCUGCUGGCCACCUUGCUGAUGGCCCUUGGAUUCUGCCUGGCAGUCACCAAGGACUCGGAUUCCAAGUGGAUGGCUCCGCUCAGGCAGUACGGCUACACGGCCCAGCACCUGAAGAACAAGGUGGAGCACGGGGAGUUUACAACCUUUGAGCUGGGUAGCCCCAAUUACCAGAUCCUUAACCCCGAAGCCGAACCGGAGUACAUUACGGCGGAUCAGCCGCACUACCAGGAUAUGCUUCGACGGCUGACCAGCGGACAGAAUGGUGCCGAAACCAUUGAUGUGGAGAUGGCGGGCCGGACGGGCAGUUCAGGCCAAGAUCCCCCUCCAUCCUCAACAGCAUCACCAAAAGACCAACAGAAGACAACGGAAUCCACACCCGAUAGCUGGGAGAAGGUGAAGAAGCGGAGCUCCUCCAAGGGGCAGGAUGAGGAAAACCAUACCCAGGAGACCCAGGCAGUGGAUGCACCGAGCUUGCAUCCCAAAAUCCAGGUCUAUGCUGGAGCUCGACCCUUCCAAAGUCUAGUGGCCAACCUGAAUUAGUUCGAAACUCA